UCGCCGCCGCCGUGUGCCGGCGCGGGGCUGGCUUCUCCUUUUACGCGUCUCCAUCCCCCGGUGGAGGUUAUGAUGGUGCAUUGUGCGGGCUGCGAGAGGCCGAUUUUGGACCGGUUCCUACUGAACGUCUUGGACAGGGCAUGGCACAUCAAAUGCGUCCAGUGCUGCGAGUGCAAGUGCAACCUGACCGAGAAAUGCUUCUCCAGGGAAGGGAAACUCUACUGCAAAAAUGACUUUUUCAGGAGGUUUGGUACCAAAUGCGCCGGCUGCUCCCAAGGGAUCUCUCCCAGCGACCUCGUCCGGAAAGCCCGGAAUAAAGUCUUUCACCUGAACUGUUUCACCUGCAUGGUCUGCAACAAGCAGCUCUCCACGGGCGAGGAACUCUAUAUCAUCGACGAAAACAAAUUUGUUUGCAAAGAGGAUUAUUUGAACUCUCCCAGUUUGAAGGAAGGCAGCCUCAACUCAGCGCCCGGGGCCGGAUCCUGCCACGCCAGUCAGUGGGGCCGCUGCUGUGAGCGAGUGUCCUCAUGUACAGACAGGAGUUUGUCCCCGGAUCUCCAGGACCCCAUGCAGGACGACACCAAGGAAACGGACAACUCGACCUCCUCGGACAAGGAAACCACCAACAACGAGAACGAGGAGCAGAACUCGGGCACCAAGCGGAGGGGGCCUCGCACCACCAUUAAAGCCAAGCAGCUGGAGACCCUCAAAGCUGCCUUCGCCGCCACCCCUAAACCCACCCGCCACAUCCGGGAGCAGCUGGCCCAGGAGACCGGCCUCAACAUGAGAGUCAUCCAGGUGUGGUUCCAGAACCGUCGGUCGAAGGAGCGGCGGAUGAAGCAGCUGAGCGCGCUGGGCGCCCGCCGGCACGCGUUCUUCCGCAGCCCCCGCAGGAUGCGGCCCCUGGGCGGCCGCCUCGACGAGUCCGAGAUGCUCGGCUCCACGCCCUACACGUACUACGGAGAUUACCAAGGUGACUACUACGGGCCGGGAGGCAACUAUGACUUUUUCCCCCACGGGCCGCCCUCCCAAGCCCAGUCCCCGGCCGACUCCAGCUACCUUCAGAACUCAGGACCCGGCUCCACACCCCUGGGACCCUUGGAGCCCCCCCUAAGCGGACACCACUCCUCAGAAAACCAAAGGUACACGGAUAUGAUCUCGCACCCCGACACCCCCAGCCCCGAGCCGGGGAUGACGGGCUCGCUGCACCCCAUCCCGGGGGAGGUCUUCAGCGGGGGGCCCAGCCCGCCCUUCUCCAUGUCCAGCAAUAGCGCCUACAGCGGGGCCCUGUCGCACCCCAACCCGGAGCUCAGCGAGGCGGCGGUGUGGUAGGCCCGGCCUGGGCACGCGUGUGCGUGUGUGCAGGGGGAAACCCCCCCCUGGUCCCCCCAGCCCACGCGUGUCCCCCUCCUGGCCCCACAGCAGGGGCCGGUGAAGCCCCUCCGCAGAUGCCAAAACGCAUCCCGGCAUCCGCCCGUCCUUCCCAUCCCCGCACCUCCCGGGACCUUGGAACCACCCCGCUACCUCCCCCCUCCCGGCACCUUCCCCCCGACACUUUUGGGGGGGCCGUGAAAGGUGCCCAGCCCUGCAGACCCAGCCGGCGUCGGGACCAGCGCCUCUCGGACCAAAGCUGAACCCGCCUGGACACGGGUUCCGCCGCCCCGGCGGCACCGGGGGAGGGGGCUGCAGCAGGGCUCCCCCCUGCUAAUUAGAGUCCUUUUUAAUUAUCCCGUACCACAGGAAGGGGGGGGGAAUGGGGAAUAGCAGGAAUAACCCCCCGUGGCCCCUCCCCGGCCUCAUUUUUAUUGUUCCCGUUUCGCCCCCGAGGAGAAGGGGGGUUCGGAGCCGGUUUUUGGCGGUGGGGAGGAGGGGGCUGAGCGGGGCCGGGCCCGGGGCUGCCCCAGUGACUGGCUGAGAUUGGGCUCCCACGUGGUGGAACAGACACCAGAAAGAGGCAGAAACAGGAAAAAAACACAACAACAACAAAACAAAACCCCAAACCGACAUUAAACCCCAGAACUGAACCAAUCCGACCACAGCAGCAGACAUUUCACCCGAGCCUUGACGCCGAGUCCCACCCCAACGAUUCCCAGAGGCUCCGCCAAUUUAGGGAUGUAUUAUAGUUUUUGCUUCUAGUUUCUUUAUUUUGUAUAAAGGAGAAACAAAUAAAGUAUGUUUUUGUGUUUACUGAUUAUUUAUUGUACUUUAGUCAUCGGAGGCUCUGAAUUUUUCUAUUUUGAAGGCAGGGAGGGGAUGUCACCGGGGAGGGGGGUGAGAGCAUAGAGAGAGGGGGGGAAUAAAAGGAAGGAGAAUGGAAAAGGAAAGAAAAAAAGUUGUUUUCUGAAAGCGUCGUGGGUUUCCUGUCCCCGCUGCCUCUUGCGGAGGCUGUUAGUGUGAAUGGCUCUUGUUGUUCAAUGUGAAUAAAAAACCUUUUAGUUACCUACUGUUCGGUCAGCUGGUCCCUUUCAUUUUUUUUUUUUUUAAUUUUAAUUUGUUUUAACACAAGCCCGUGAGAAAUGCUGGCCGGGCUCCCCCACUGUCCCCCAGCCCUGCAUGGGCUCAGGGAGGGCAGCUCCUGGGUGAGCGAUGUGCACCUGCACAAGGUGAUGCUGCUGCCUCCCCCACCCCGUACCCCAGCGCCCCCCGGUUGCCCCCAGUCCCACAGCUCCCUGGCACUGGGAAGGGGCACAUUACCCAGCUCGGCCAUUUCCCCGCAGCAGACAGCACAAUGCACAAUUCCGUUCUCCUGGGGGUCACCCAAGACCCUCCCAGAGCAGCCCAGGGGCACCCGCAGCCCUGCUGGCAGAGCAGCCCCAAGGGGCAGCCUCGGGGGGACACCCCAAGCGAGGGUUCAGCAGUGCCACCAGCAGCUUUUGCCCCAUUUUCCCGGGGCAUACUGGUGCCAGGAGUGGGGGGGUCUGAUCCCCAACACCCCAGCUCACUCCCCUUCUCUCCAGCUUUCCAUCCCUUGAGAUAUAAAAAUAAAAAGUCCCAGGCAGGGCUGCAGCUCUGAACUAAUAUUUAAAAUGCAAAAUCAUGGCAGAGUUUUUCGCCCCCCCCGUUCCUUGUCUUGCAGUAAAACGAUAUAAACAGAAUAAAUUACCUUCCCUUGCUGGCUUACGAAAGUCCCUCUCUCCUGACCUGAAUUUUAAGUCCUGGCUCGGUUGUAGCACGGAGCACCGAUGAUUUAUGGAAAGCCAGCCACAUCUUUGCAUAUUUUCUCUGUUCAGCCAAGUGGUGGAAUUUAUCCUUCCUAUACCAUUACUGGCAUUAAUAACGGGGUGGCCAACGAGCCACACUGAGCCCCGAGCGAGCCGUCAGCCAGGACCUGGGGCCAGCACAGACACUGGGGGUCCUUCCCACCUCCUCCCCAAGAAAAACACCUCCUACCCUUUUCCCAAACGGGGAAACUGAGGCAGGAGCACAGCUGGCUGCUCCCCUGGGCUCCAGCACCUCCAGGUUGUCAGUGUUAGCAGAUAAUGGGGAAUUUUCAUAAGGACAGGGUGAUGUGUGUCUAUGUGUUGGUAAAUGACCCACUCACAACAUCAUUUUGAGGAGUAUGAAAUGGCCAAUCACUGGGUGAACACUGGAUACUAUUAUUACUAUUAUUACUAUUAUUAUUAUUUUACUAUUAAUCAUUCAAAAUUCAAGGCACAGAGCUGAGGGCUGGUUUUAGGCUGCUGGGACACCCCACCUGUGAGACCUGGACAGAAGAGGCUGCAGGAGGGGCUGGGGAUCAUGGCAGCUCCAAGCUGCCAGGCUCAGGCAGGAGGAUGUGACUCAGCAGGAGCAGCCAUCGAAGCAGGGAAGGUCCCAAGGAAAAAUCCCCUGGCACAGAGGAGCUCUGCAGCUCCGAGCUGGGUGCAGGAGCCAAACCCAGGGUCCCCAUCACCCCAGAGGUCCCAGAAAGGCAGCAGCACUCAGCAUUCCUGCCUGUCUCCAGCUGCAGAAUGAGCACAGGGCAGCAGCUGGGGCCAUGCCACCCCUUAGGGGUGUCCCAGCCACCCUGCACCUCACAUCCCUGCCAGGGACAUCCAAAGCCCCCAGCUGGCACCCAAAGGCCAAGUGCCCCCUCCUGAAGGCAAGGAGGGGAAAAGCUCCCUGCUGGGUCACCCCAAACGCCACAGUCUGCCCAUGCCACCCCCAACAAAGACCCUUCUGUGCUGAGGAAUCACCACGGUGAGCUCCUGACUGCCCUGACCGCCCUCCCCACCCCCUCAGCAGAAUCACUGGAAUAAAUUCCUUUUUAAAAGCUAUUCCGUUUUGUUUUUCUUUUCUUUUCCUGACCUUCGUGCCUUUUUUUUUUUUUUUUUUUUUUUUUUUUUUUAAGGGGAAGG